UGGCAGAAUGGUGUGGAGACAGAACCCACAUCAACAUCGAGUUUGACUGAUCUAGCUUGAGAAUUCUGACUGGGACCCUGAGAGUGGAGCCGGGCUUGCUUUCUUGAAUUUUCUCCGUCACUGCAUAUACUCCUUAGUCCCUUUAUAAUGAUGUGACAUCCCACUUUGGGUCGUCAUCCAGUGUAGUCGCGACUUUCAUUGAACGGGAAUUUCCCGGUUACCAUCACAAUGCCUGACCACUUUCCCAUGGAGGAGAAUCUACAAAAGGUCAUGUCGGCCACAGAGGGUGCCAUCAUAGCAACACCUCAUGAGUCACGACAUUCACUACCCGACUCACUUUCCGACUCGCACUCAGACUCGUCAGAUCAAGACUCGGAGGUGACACAUGAACCGAUCCAGGAGCGAUAUGACAAUCCAUCAUAUUCUCGUUUUCGACGGGUGGCUUCAAAAACAGUGGUUUCCUUUGGGCCAAAUGACCCGGAGAACCCAGUCAACUGGAAGAAGACCAGAAAAUUUCUAGUCCUUCUCGCCGGUGUCAUGCAGGUCAUGAACAGUACCAUCGGCUCGUCUAUCUGCAGUAAUGCUAUCCCGCAAAUCGCUGAAGAGUUUAAUAUUACCAAUCAGCAGAUGCUGGUCCUACCCAUCUCAAUAUUCCUAAUCGGCUACAUUUUGGGCCCAUUGGUAUGGGGCCCUAGCUCCGAAUAUUUUGGGCGCCGACGUCCUCUACUCAUCGCCUUCAUCGGAUUCAUGAUCUUUACAUUAGCCUGCGCUGUGGCUAAUUCCUAUGCCUCGCUGUUGAUAUUCCGACUCUUUAACGGCAUGAUGGCAUCUUCUCCAAUCGCUACCACCGGCGGCUUGUUUGCUGACGUCCAUGACGACCCAACCUUGCGAGGCCGCCUGAUGGCGUACUAUAUGGCUUGCACUACUUUUGGGCCGAUUAUGGGCCCCUGGAUUUCCGGAUUUGUUGCCGUCGUUAGCUGGCGGUGGUGCUUCUGGAUUGGACUCAUUUGCUCUGGUGCAACUUUGCCUUUGGUCAUCUUCAUGCCCGAAACAUACGGGCCCGUCAUUCUUACACGUCGGGCUAAGAAUCUACGAAAAGAGACCGGAAAUUCCAAUAUAGUGUCGCCCUUGGAGCUUGAGAGCCGCGACCUUCGCAGAAUGUUCCUCAUUACCAUCUCUCGGCCCUUCCGAAUGAUCUUCCACGAGUCAAUUGUCUCCCUGACAUCGUUGUACCUGGCACUGGCAUAUGCAAUCUUCUACUUGUACUUUGAGGCAUAUCCAAUCAUUUUUCAAGAUAUCUACGGUAUGAGUGCCGGAGUGUCAGGACUGAUGUUCUUGCCUAUUGGCGUCGGUGCACUCCUGGCCUGUGUGGUCUUCAUCUGGUAUGAUGGGUUCCUGGCUCGGGCUAAAGCUCGCGAGGCAAAAUGGGCGAAUAUUGAAGAAUAUCGACGACUUCCACUUGCGUGCAUCGGAGGUCCACUGUAUGUCAUCUCACUCUUCUGGGUGGGGUGGACAGCUUCUCCCAACAUUCAUUGGGUUGUACCCUUUCUUUCGGGUAUUCCAUUCGGAAUGGGGUACUUGCUGAUCUUCAUGGCAAUGCUCAAUUACCUCACCGACGCUUACGAGACAUUAUCAGCCAGUGCUCAAUCAGCAGCCAGCUGCACACGAAGCAUCCUGGGCGCAGUUCUACCUCUUGCUACUAAGCCCAUGUUUGACAAGUUGGGUGUCCACUGGGCGUGUAGCCUGAUCGCAUUCCUCAGCCUGGGAGUUUCCAUCAUUCCUUUUGCUUUCAUUCGCUACGGCGACCGCAUCAGAAGCAACAGCAAAUUCUGCCAAGAAUUGAAGAGAAUCAAGGAAGCAGAGCGUCUCGAGAUCGAGAGGGAGGAGCGUCUGCAGAACGACUCUAACAAUCUUGAGAUCACUCCGUCGGCCAAUACUUGCCAGAUUUCUCGAAUCGAGACAUCGCGCAGUCAUGCGGAGAAAGCAUCUAUCAUUUGCUAAGACAUGGCAAUGAUGAGAGCCAACGAUGGUUUGACGACAUGAUCUCAUAUUACGAUAAAAUAUAUUGCUGGUGAAGUGUUUCAAAAGUUUUAAUGUUCUUCCCUCUCCGUCUUCAUGAAGGUUAUGAUUUGACAGCACACUUAAUCUUAAUAACCUGCAUACUCAAGACUCGUGACCACUGCAUUCAAAGGAGAUCUUCCAGGAAGAUUCCUAAGCAUUUUUGCUUCCAUUGCUUUCACGACUCUGCAAUUUGAUUUUAGAGAACCACCAAAGCCGAGAGUAACUUUUUCUGUUCAUGAUCCCCUUACAGCCUCUCUAUAGCAUCCUCCACCGUUUUAAAUAAUAUACUACAAUAAUUAUGAUCUUAAAGAAACUUCCCAUCCCCAGAAUUCUCCAAUUCAGAACUUGCUGGUUUUUAAUUACUCUUGCUUGAGGCCAACCUUGCCCACCUUUCGUAGCCCCCACGCACCGAUGCCGGAGGCAACCAUCAUCAAACCGAAAGAUGUCCAGAAGACAGCACGGUAGCCAGUCAUAAGAGCGUCAGGUGAGCUCUUGUUGCUAUAAUCCAAGUUCUGCGUGACACAAGAAGAGAUAAUAGCAAACGCUGUGAGUCCGAUGGACGUUCCGAAUUGGGCGAUCGUGUUAAAAACGGCACCAGCGAGACCCUGUGUCUUCGCACUAAAGGAAUUGGCAAUAAUCAAGUUGGCGACUGUGAAAAUUAC